AUGUUCCCGAGACACCGACACCAAGGCCUGAGCGGCCUCCCCCUGAUGCGUGAGAAACCUCCUCAUCAAGGCGGCUACAAAUGCAAGAUUCUCCGCAAAAACGCACCCACAACAGGACAUAAGCAUCUGCAAAAACACCUCCGCGAGGUCCGCGAGCUCUUGGCAAUGCCGAAGAUGCGCCUCCAGCUCCGUCGGCUGGAGGUCGCCGCCGAAAAAAAGCGCGAGAAUCGCCUCCACGACCUGCGGGACGGGUGCCGCGGGAAAGGCCCGGAUACGAUUUAA